UUCUCUCGUGGAAAAGAACAUGUGUUUGCGUCAUUCUUAACAAAAGACCUUAGUGCUAAAGUGCUAAAAUUAUAUAAAACUCAGCCUCUAUAUUCCAUCGAGUUAUUCGCAGGCAUACUAAACAAAGAAUAUGUUGUUCUAUGUGCUUAGUGUUUUGAGCAUUGUGGUAUAUGGAUUAUCCUCAGAUACAGGAUUUAAGCUUCCUGUAACCACAUGCAAGCGGAAUUCAAAUGACUACUCUGCCUGUUUAAAACGCGUUUUAGAGAAAGCAUGGCCACAAUUUGUUGCAGGAUUGCCAGAGUUUGAUUUUCCACCUUUGGAUCCAUUAUUUUACAAAUACGGUAAAAUUAUAUUUAAUUCUAACGAUAUACAUGCUGAAGUAAUUAGUUCAAAUCUCUCUGGCAUUGGUUUAUCGAAGACUCGUUUUUCUGAUGUAAGAACGCAUUUUCUUGAUGACAUAUUUGGUUUGGAAAUCGACGCACAAGUACCAAGAAUAUUCUUAGAAGCUGCCGUGAAAAUAAAUGGUACUCUAAAUGUAUUCAGAAUUGUUAAUGAAGGUAACUUAAGUGUAACUGCGAAUGAUAUGAGAGGAACAUGCAAUUUAACAGGGCACGUAGUAAACGAUACAUGGAUUGUUGAACAUUUUCGUAUCGCUCCGUCGAUUGGAAAGUUUAAAGUAUCUUUUGAUAAUUUAUUCGAAGACAACAAAGAACUUAAUAAUCUUGUCAUAACUUUUGUAAACGAAUACUGGCCGAUAAUAUAUCGAGAAGUAUUGCCAUUCUUGUCUGACGUGGCGGAUCCAUGGUUGGUUGAAUUUACCAAUAAGUUUUUCUCAAAAGUUCCCUUCUCAAAAAUAUUUCCAUAAAAUCCAUAUAUUUAUUAUAUGUCAGUGAAAUGCUAAAUUUUUCAUGAAAUUAAAAACACAUUCAGUUGCAUUUAAAUAUAAAAGGUAUAUGGGCUGUUUUUCUGGAAGUCACAGCUCAAACUUUGUGCUUUAAUUAUUCUAAACAAAAUAAAUAAAUAACUUAAAAUAUUAAUUUUAAUACAAAAUUAUUUUUCUCCUGUUUGUUUAUAUUUAUAGAAACUGUAAAUUAGUUCAUAAGAAUAAUCAAUAUUAUAUCUCCAAGAAAUUUUCUGUAAUUUUUUUUAAUCAAAAAAAAGAAACACAUUAAAAAUUAUAAGGAUACAAUAGCGCGUGCAAGGGGAAAAGGAGCGUGUGCGUGCAGAAGAAGAGUAGAGUUAAGAUGGCGAUGUAACGUACACGAAGUUUUGUAAGCGAUACAGCGUGCUGUAAUUAAUCGCAAUAGACGCAUUCACAUCUGUAUAUAAAUCGUCUCAUGAAUCAUCGAUUAAAAAUUACUACCACGUGCAAUAAAAAUUUAAUGAAGUUAA